UCUCGCACUAUUCUCUCAUUUAGAAAUCCCAUACUGUAGUUUUAUUACUAUUAUUCUCGUACCCACCUUAUUCACAAACUUUUCAUUCCGGUCUUAAAAAACCCCUUUUAAGCUCUUCAAAGAUCUGUUCUUUCCCAUCGAGGGGUUUUAAAGAAAAAAGCUCCCACAUUUAAAUACCUCCUUCGUCCUCUUCGCCUAGGCUUGUGAUCUCGAUAUCGGUCUCUGAAAUGGCGUCUCCAUCUGCGACCUCUGUCCACGAUUUCGCUGUCAAGGAUGCUAGGGGGAAUGAUGUGGAUCUCAGCACUUACAAGGGGAAGGUCCUUUUGAUUGUGAAUGUUGCAUCUCAAUGCGGGUUGACUAACUCUAACUAUACAGAGCUGAGCCAACUGUAUGAGAAAUACAAGGAUCAAGGUUUCGAGAUUUUGGCUUUCCCUUGCAACCAGUUUGGAGCACAGGAACCAGGUAGUAACGAGGAGAUUGUGGAAUUUGCUUGCACACGCUUCAAGGCUGAGUAUCCCAUCUUUGACAAGGUUGAUGUGAAUGGGGACAAAGCUGCACCAAUCUACAAGUUCUUGAAGUCCAGCAAGGGAGGCCUAUUUGGAGAUAGCAUCAAGUGGAACUUCUCAAAGUUUUUGGUUGACAAGGAUGGGAAAGUUGUGGAUCGCUAUGCACCCACUACUUCCCCUUUCAGUAUUGAGAAGGACAUAAAGAAGUUAUUGGGAGUCGCCUAAAUUCUGUGAUGGUUGGAUCCAGACCUUGAUUAAUAAAUACCUUGCCGGGUCUCUCUGUAUGCUGGAGUUCAUGAUACUAUGCUUGUUUACUUACUUGUAUUGAAUCUACUUCAGUUCCAAAAGCCUCCUUUUGUGGGUGGCUAGUAGUAGAAUGUUAUGAUGCAUAAUACACUGUAUAAGCUUGUGAUAUAUUACUCGAAAGUGCGGCUAUUUUAUCUGUUUGUGAAGUUUAUGUAACUUAUUAUUAAGCUGUGGUUUAAAUUGCUA